GGUCUUUAACGCACGGCACAGCGAUCGUGACGUGUGAUGGUGCUCCAGAAUACCGGCUCGGCUGAUAUAAGACUGGGAAAAUGGGCGUGAAUUGCUAGGAAACAGCAGCGCCGGUCUGUGUCCCGGUGUGGCGGUGACAGCAGCAGCAGCACCGCUGAUAGGAGGGGUUCCUGGAGAGGGAGAGAGCGAGCGGAGGGGUGGCGGAGGCACGGCUGACGAUGCGGCAGGAAUAAUAUCGACCUUCUUAUGAUUCUGCUGCCUGGCGUUAGGAUGAAUGGAAACAGGAGCUUAUCGAUGGAAGACGGUCACCACAUUUCCUGCAAGGCGUCGUGAAGCGCUGUAUUAUAUAUAUAUAUAGAUAUAUAUAUUUUUUUUUUUUUUGCAUCUGACAAUAUUGCAUUGCACACCGAGGGCUUGGCACGCUUUCACUGGUCCUGUUUCACAACAGCACUACCGAGCGAAUAGCUAGCUGGGCGGAGAAAAUCAGAAGACCAAAAAAAAGAGGAGUAACACUUAUCUUUUUACAUGCAAACAUAAAAACAGACAACUAAAAAACCAAAGAGCGCGUUGAUUUAGAACAAGAGUAGAAGGAUCUGGGGGAGGAAAUAGAAUGUUUUAAUCCUGUUGCUGCAAAAGUUUUGCAUUUAUUUAAUAUCUUGCAAGGUGCUUGACAAUGUGAAUUUAGAAUCCUAUGACCUUGCCAGGUGAAUAUAUCGGUGUGUAUAUAUUCUAAUAAUCCCGGUACACGUUCCGGCUGCAAACAUGAUGUGCGAGGUGAUGCCCACCAUCAGUGAAGGAGACCCCGCGGGUUCUCAGCGCGGCUCUCACAACGGUUCCGAUUCGGAGUCCAAUUUCGAACAGCUCAUGGUGAACAUGCUGGACGAGCGGGAGAAACUGCUGGAAACUCUGCGAGAGAGCCAGGAGAGCCUGGGGCAGACCCAAGGCAAGCUGCAGGAGACGCUGCAUGAGCGAGACCAGCUGCAAAGGCAGAUCACUUCGGCGCUGCCGCAGGAGUUUGCAACCCUAACGAAGGAGCUGAACGGGUGCAGAGAACAGCUGCUGGAAAAAGAAGAGGAGAUCUCUGAACUGAAAGCAGAGAGGAACAACACGAGACUGCUACUGGAGCACCUGGAGUGCCUCGUCUCGAGACACGAGCGCUCCCUGAGGAUGACGGUGGUGAAGAGACAGGCCCAGCCUCCCUCUGGAGUCUCCAGCGAGGUGGAGGUCCUGAAAGCCUUGAAGUCCCUCUUCGAGCAUCACAAAGCGUUGGAUGAGAAGGUGCGUGAGCGACUGAGAGUGUCUCUGGAGAGAGUGACAACCUUGGAGGGGCAGCUAGCAGCCGCCAGCCAAGAGCUUUCAGUGCUAAGACAAGGGCACCCCCAGAGGAAGGACAAGCCCGAAGGAGAUCACGUUGAUGGGACAGAACCAGUGCCCAAGCCAACCUGGAAGAGGCUUCCGAACGGCUCCAUCGACGCCCAUGACGAGGUGAGCCGGGUUCUGGAGUUACAGGAGCUGCUGGAGAAGAGCAACGCUGAGCUGGUGCAGAGCAAAGAGCGCGUGGCCGCUCUGACCGCCCGCGUGGCCGAGCUGGAGGCUGACCUCAACACUGCCCACAAAGACCUGCUGAAGAGCGAGGAGAUGAGCAGCAAGUGCCAGCGGGACAUCCGUGAGGCUCUGGCUCAGAAGGAAGACAUGGAGGAGAGGAUUACAACGCUAGAGAAACGCUACCUGGCUGCGCAGAGAGAAACCACUUCAAUACAUGACCUCAAUGACAAGCUGGAGAACGAGCUGGUCAACAAGGAGUCUCUCUACAGACAGAGCGAGGAGAAGGCCAGGCACAUCCAGGAGCUGCUGGAGCUGGCAGAGCAGAAGCUGCAGCAGACGAUACGCAAGGCCGAGACCCUGCCGGAGGUGGAGGCGGAGCUAGCACAGAGAGGGGCCGCCCUGACCAAGGCUGAGGAGAGGCAUGGCAGUAUUGAGGAGCGCUCCCGGCAGCUGGAGGCUCAGCUUGAAGAGAAGAACCAGGAGCUGGGCCGGGCGAGGCAGAGGGAGAAGAUGAACGAAGAACACAACAAGCGACUCUCGGACACCGUCGACCGGCUCCUCACAGAGUCCAACGAGAGGCUGCAGCUGCACCUGAAGGAGCGCAUGACGGCUCUGGAGGACAAGAACACAUUGAUUCAAGAUCUGGAAAACACACAGAAGCAAUUGGAAGACUCUUACCAUAGCAAGGAAAGGUUGGCAGCUGAAAUUGAAAAACUGCGUGUGGAAAUGGAGCAGCUGAAGAGACGAAGCGGUGUCUUCGGGGACACUGUGCACCCACGCUCUCUCGCCGGCAGCGCCACGGAUCUCCGCUUCUCUCUGAGCUCGGCAGGGGACACGCAGGUUGACCACUUCGGCACCCCGGCAGUGAUCCGGCGGGCGCAGAAAGGACGUCUGGCAGCUCUGCGGGACGAACCCACCAAGAUCCUGCCGAUCAUGGAUCAGGAAUGGGACCGCGCCCAGCCUCUCAGUGUCCUGGCCAGCGUGACCCAGCCCAUCGAGAGUGACCCCGAGCUAUCGGACAUCGACGACGAUGACCGCGAGACCAUCUUCAGCUCGGUGGACAUGCUCUCACCCAGCGGUCACUCCGACGCCCAGACCCUGGCUCUGAUGCUGCAAGAGCAGCUGGACGCCAUCAACGAGGAGAUCAGGAUGAUCCAGGAGGAGAAGGAGUCGGCAGAGCUGCGUGCCGAGGAGAUUGAGAAUCGGGUGACAAGUGGCAGUAUGGAGGGGCUCAACAUGCCCCCCCUGCGGCCCCGCUCCUCCAUCCCCACCUCGCUCACCGCCCUGUCGCUCGCCAGCUCCUCCCCCCCCGUCAGCGGCCGCUCCACGCCCAAGCUGUCGUCUCGCUCAGCUGCUCACGAGCUGGGCAUCAUGACUCUGCCCAGCGAUUUAAGGAAACAUCGUCGGAAAGUACAUUCUCCAGUGUCCUGGGAUGAGAGUCGGGAGGACAAGCCCACCAUCAAGUGUGAGAUGUCGCCCCCGCCCUCCCCGCGCAGCCUGCGUCUGGAGCAGAUGUCCCAGUCCCUGCUCUCCACCAGCCAGGAAGACGGCAAAGGGCCAGCCGACCAGAACAGCAGUCGUAACAGCAGCCAAGACUCCCUCCACAGGGGGGGCAAGAAGAAGGGCAUCAAGGUCUCAAUCGUACGGCUGUUUGGCAAGAAGGAGAAGGCCAGGCUCCUGCAGAUGGGCAGGGGGCAGGGAGCUGGGAUUACAGAUUUUGAGAUCGGGUUCCAGGAUUUCCUGGGACUGGGGAAGCUGGGAACGCAAACCCAGAACCGCUCGGAACGAUUGCAUAGCCCACAGUGUAUACCACAAGCUCAAUGCCUUCCUCCUCCUCCUAGGCAUGAGCUUCUGGAAGACGCUCGGAGGAAGGGCUUGCCUUUCGCCCAGUGGGACGGGCCGACAGUAGUGUCCUGGCUCGAGCUGUGGGUGGGGAUGCCAGCCUGGUACGUGGCUGCCUGCCGUGCCAAUGUGAAAAGUGGCGCCAUCAUGUCAGCCCUGUCCGACACAGAGAUCCAGAGAGAGAUUGGCAUCAGCAACCCGCUCCACCGGCUCAAACUGCGCUUGGCCAUCCAGGAGAUGGUCUCCUUGACCAGCCCGUCCGCCCCCCUCACUUCCAGAACUUCUUCUGGGAAUGUUUGGGUGACUCAUGAGGAGAUGGAAACCAUGACAACGCCUACCAAAGCGGAGAAAGAAGGAGGCAGUUGGGCUCAGACGCUGGCGUACGGAGACAUGAAUCACGAGUGGAUUGGGAAUGAGUGGCUGCCCAGUCUGGGCCUGCCUCAGUACCGCAGCUACUUCAUGGAGUGCCUGGUGGACGCCCGCAUGCUCGACCACCUGACCAAGAAAGACCUGCGCACACACCUCAAGAUGGUCGACAGCUUUCACCGGGCCAGUCUGCAGUACAGCAUCGUGUGCCUGAAGAGGCUGAACUAUGACAGGAAGGAGCUGGAGAGGAGGAGGCAGGAAUGCCAGCUCCAAAUCAAAGAUACUAUGGUGUGGACGAACGACCAGGUGAUACACUGGGUGCAGUCCAUCGGGCUCCGUGAGUACGGGACCAAUCUCCUGGAGAGCGGGGUCCAUGGGGCCCUCAUUGCUCUGGAUGAGAACUUUGAUUACAGCAGCCUGGCACUCAUCCUGCAGAUCCCCAUGCAGAACACACAGGCAAGGCAAGUUUUGGAACGUGAAUUCAACAAUCUCCUGGCCCUGGGAACGGACAGGCGACUGGACGAGGGCGAUGACAAGUCCUUCCGGAGAACACCGUCAUGGCGGAAGCGCUUUCGCCCACGCGACAGUCAAGGCCUGAGCAUGAUGCCCGGGUCCACCGAGACUCUGCCAGCGGGGUUCAGAGUCACUGCCGUGCCCAUGCCCUCCUCUGUCUCCACAAUGCCCAAGAAAAUGCCCCCCGAAGUGCAAUCCCACUACUUGUAUGGACACAUGCUUGCAGCCUUCCGGGAGUGAGCUGCCUGUGGCUGGGGAGGAUGCUCGCUGGGCAGGCAGCAGUAUGAUUCCCUUUGCUGCUUGCACAGCAGGACGUGACUGCGGGGCUGAGGGGCGCCAAGCAGGAGUCGUCCGCUUCUCCAGUAGUGUUCCAGUGAUGUCGAUGUGGUGUUGUUCUGAUAUCUUGUUAUAAACUGCUCCGUCUCUCCUGGUACUGUGCUGGUUGUAGUGUUGUGGUGUUGGUCCUGGGUGUGAGAGAUCUGCAGUGUGUAUAAAAGGGACCCCCCCCCCCCCUGUUCAGCAAGGUAAUUCCUUUUGUUGUAUUUUUUUUCCUGUAUAUAAAUCAAAUGACUGAAAGAUUUUAUAGAUAUAUCGAUAUGGAAUUUAAAUUGUGUGUGUAUGUGAGUUAAAUUAUAUAUAUAUACAAUUGUAUAAAACUGCAUUUUGUCUUG